AUGGUGGCUGCGAUUUCUGAAACAACAAACCAAUCAAGACCACCGUUGUUACCUUCCGAGAAAGAUAAUGGAAUCAUCGGCCCUAAUAAACCAACAAGACCUAAAUCGAGACAAGUUUCUUCAAGAUACUUAUCUCCUUCCCCUUCACCUUCCCCUUCAACUUCUUCGAAUUCCUCGUCGUUACCGACACCAACGCCUUCACGACGCUUCCCAUCUCCUCUCGUUUCGAGAAAUUCGACUACUCCGGCAGCAAAACGGUCUGUUUCCGCCGACCGGAGACGAUCCACUCGACCGGAUCUUAACUUGAAAUCCAACAAUGCCGGCGGUGCCGGCGAGGUGUCGGCGGCCACUAAACUUUUAGUAACAUCCACACGAAGUUUAUCCGUUUCCUUUCAAGGCGAAGCGUUUUCAUUACCGAUUAGCAAAACUAAAGCAACCCCCACUUCCCCUAACUCAACUACUUUCCGAAAGGGUACCCCUGAAAGAAAAAGAACCGGUACCCCUUUAAGAGUCGGAGAUCACGCCGAGAAUACAAAACCCGGAGAUCAACACCGGUGGCCGGCGAGAACUCGUCAAUCAAAUCAAACCGUUUUAUCAAAAAGUCUAAGUUUAGAUUGUGGGGUUGAAAAGAGUAACAUAAUCGGAUCUGGGAAUGUAAUCAGAGCUUUACAUCAAUCCAUGAACAUGGAUUCCAGAAGGGCAUCAGUCGAUGGUGUUCAUGGUGGGAGAUUAUCACUGGAUUUGGGUAAUUCCAUACUUUCAAACCCAAUUCAACAAAACCCAAAUGGGAAUUCUUCCGAUACCGAUAGUGUCUCAUCUGGUAGCACAUCUGGAAUCCAAGAAACGAACCGGAAUGGAACCAGAGGGGUAGUUAUGUCCGCUAAAUUUUGGCAAGAAACAAGUAGUCGAAUGAGAAGAUUACAAGAUUCAAGUAGUGGAACUAGUCCAGGAUCAAAACUAGUGACACCAUCAAAAUUAGCAAAGAAAUUUUCAAAUGAUGGGCCAUUAUUAUCACCAAGAACAAUGGCUUCUUCACCAAAUAGAAUGAGACCUUCAUCACCGAGUAAGUUGAUGACAUCAUCAGUGUCAUCAUCGCCAUGUAGGGUUGAUGUUAGAAGAGGGAAAGUUGGUGAAAAUCGGAUUGUGGAUGCACAUUUGUUGAGGCUUUUUUAUAAUCGACAGCUACAAUGGAGGUUUGUUAAUGCUAGGAAUGAAGAUACAUUAUUAAAACAAAGAUGUGGAUCAGAGAAAAAUCUAUGGAAUGCAUGGAUUACAAUCUCUGAUUUACGUGAUUCAGUCACUAAAAAAAGACAUAGAUUGCAGUUACUGAAGCAAAAACUUAAGUUAGCCUCCAUUCUCAAGGAACAAAUAGCUUUUUUGGAAGAUUGGGCUUCUUUAGAUAAAGAUCAUUCGAUAUCAUUACUUGGAGCAAUUGAAGCUUUAAAGGCCAGCACUCUUCGCCUCCCUGUUGGUGGAGCAAUAGCUGAUCUUCAGAGCAUGAAAGAUGUUAUAAGUUCAGCACUUGAAGUGAUGCAGACAUUGUGUUUGUCGAUAUGCUCACUUUGUGUGAAGGUGGAGGAAGCGAAUUCAAUGGUCACUGAGCUUGCAAAUGUGUGUGCAAAAGAGCAAGCUUUGCUUAGGAUUUGCAAAGGCUUAUUGUCAAUGUUAGCAGCCCUCAAGGUGAAAGAUUGUAGUUUGAGAACGCAUAUGUUACAAACAAAGUGUGUGAAGAAAUCACAUUUGUAGAAUUGAUCUUUUAAUUCAAGAAAUUGCUAACAUUACAUCAAGUGAAGAAUGGAGUUUCCGAAGGUAAUAAAGUAAAGUAGAUGACUUUUUGGCUUGUGGCUUUCGGGUUUUCUUUUUUUCUUUUUUGUUUGGGGAAUUUGCUGUGUAUUUUCUUGAGAUUUGCAAGUGAAAGAAAAUGUAGUUUGAUUCUAACUAAUGUAGUUUUUUUUUUUACACUCUUAUGUAUAUAUAUAGGGAUAUGUAAUUUCAC